AUGAACGACACAUUGGGACAGAUCGUCUACCAGCCAACCAAUGCAUUGGAGGCAUUGUGGUUCAAUUUCGUGGACUACUUUGGCGAGGACUUCUUGAUAAGCUAUGGCACAUUCUUUGCCCACGAGAUCUUCUACUUCCUCGCUUUCCUGCCCUUCUUCCUGUGCGACUUUGUGCAUGCACUCAGGAAGUACAAGAUACAGCCAACAAAGGUCAAUGAUUGGAAGACUCAAUUCAAUUGCCUGCUCAAAGUGAUGGGCACUCACAUAUUUGUACAACUCCCGAUGAUGAUUGUAUUUCAUCCGGCCAUCCAUAGUAUUGGACUGCGCGCGAGAGUACCUUUGCCAUCGGGUUGGUACCUGCUGUUUGUGCUGGCCGUCUCCUUUGUGCUGGAGGACGCCUACUUCUACUUUGUUCACCGCUUCCUGCACCAGGGCUUCUGGUACAAGUACAUCCACAAGGUGCACCACGACCACGCCUCGCCCUUUGGCAUGGCGGCCGAGUACGCGCACCCCAUCGAGACGCUGAUCCUGGGCGUGGGCACCUGUCUGGGACCAUUCCUCCUGUCACGUGACCUCUUCACACUCUGGGCAUGGCUCGCCGUCCGUCUCUUCCAAACAGUCGAGUGUCACAGCGGCUAUGACUUCCCCUGGAACCCAACCAAAUUGAUCCCAUUCUGGGGUGGCGCGCACUUCCACGACUUCCAUCACGAGACCUUUGUUGGAAACUACUCGUCGACCUUUACAUACUUUGAUCGUUUGUUUGGAACAUCUGACAAGUAUUAUGCGAGGAUGGAGAUGAGAAAGAAGGAAGAGGAGCUUCUUGCUAACAAGAAGGCCAAAUAA